AUGGCCACAGCAGUCGGACACCAAAGUGCCAAGGCUGGGGGUCUGGUGGUUGCUGGUGGCUGCUGGUUCCGGACAGACGCAUCAAGACCAGAGGCUGGCCAGGAUGGUGGCCUGCUAAUAGUAAUGGUGCCAGGCUGUACGAUGGCUACCUAG